AUGCGGUUCACUCUUGUCCUGUCCGCGGCUGUUUCUUUAGGCUCAGCUUUGGUUAUUCCAGAGGAAAAGGUAUUGGUUAGUCUAGCUGAGGAGGAUAACAUCGCUUUUGAUGGAUAUGGCAAGACUGGACUGGUUGUGGAUGACACUGUCGACCCGGAGGAUACCCAGAAUGAGGCCUCGGAUGCCGAGUCGUGGUGGACGAUGAUGAUACUAAUGAUCAAAAGCGACCAAGGGUCUGUUUUGGACACCGGAUUGGAUCUGCUGGGUAUUGGCGCAAAAAUGGACAAUAGUGUGGACAUUACCCAAGACGACGACGACAACGAAGAUGAUGACAGUGAUGGUCAUGAUGAAGACGAUAAAGAUGACGACGAGAAUGAUGAGGAUGAUGAGAAUGAUGAAGACGAGCGGGAUCCUCCUGACCACCCUCAUCCCCAUCCUCAUCCUCACCCCGGUCCUCGACGUCCCUGUCCACGCCCUGAGCUCUGCCAAACCGACCACACCCUCUGGGGACUUCUGACCGAGAGCGCAAGCACCACCCGACUUGCCGACCUCCUCGCCGACGACCACAAGCUGAUCAAGCUGCUCAACAGCAGCGCAGCCAACCACACCGUCUUCGCGCCGACAGACCGUGCCCUAGCCCGGCUGCCCCGGGAACGAGAUGGGCCCUCGCGCAAGGUGCUGUCUGCGAUGCUGCGCUACCACAUCAUGCCGGGCUGGAUGCCCAUCGACGAGUUCAAGGGCCACCAAACACUGCCAACGGCGCUGAACGAGUCGGCGUUGGGACAGAACCUGGCGCAACGGGUUCUAGUGACAGCAGACUGGGGGGAGGUAGUCUUGAACCGGGGGAGCCGGGUGGUAGCAGCUGAUAUUGCCGGUACCAACGGCCUCAUCCACCGCAUUGACACCCCCCUCAUCCCACCCCCAAGUACACACACCCUCCUCGACCUAGACCCUGCACAAUUCAGCACCUUCGCGCUGGGCCUCCACCGAACCAAGCUCGACAGCCACAUCGACCCACCCCACCGACACGGCGGGACGACCUUCGUACCGACGAACGAGGCCUUCCGACGACUCGGGCCACACACCAACGCGUUCUUGUUCUCGCCGCAGGGCGAGCCGUGUCUGCGCGCGCUGCUGCAGUACCAUCUUGUCCCUGAGCGGACGCUGUACUCGGACGUGCUGUACAUGACGCAUGGACGGCAAGAGAAUCUGGUGUUUGAGGAUAAGAAGGGGGAGCGUCAUUCGUCGGUGCAUGUGGAGCUGCCCACGCUCUUGAAGGGGCGUGCGCUGGCGGUCGAUGUUAGUAGGAAGAAGGAAGGAAAAGGAGGAGCAAGCGUGAGGAUGCGGGUGAAUGGGUUUGAGAGGGUGGUUGGGCCGGAUGUACUUGCUCGGGAUGGGACGUUGCAUGUCUUGGAUCGGGUGCUGAUCCCUCCGAAGAACGUGAAAGGAGCGGAAGAGGCCGAGGGGGAAGAAUUGACCCUGGGGGAACUGAAGGAGCGGCUGCUUGGUGGCGUUCCUGGGGAUGGAAUGGGUCACGGUGAGCUGUGA